CCUUCUUUCCAUCUCCCUCAGCCUCCCCCACCACCCCUUCCCUCUCUAUAGAAUCUCUGUUUCUGCCUCGUUCUUUGGUUUCUCUUCACCAUGUCAUCAACGGCAGCAGAUAUGGAGCCACUAACAUCAGGAGCAAGCAAUCGCAUAAUCCCAAUCCUGAAAACCGUAAAAACUUCUCUUCUUUUCAUUCACUCACUUCUCUUUUCCCUCCUUCUCCUCCUCCUUCCUCGCCGUUACCGCCGCCGUCCCAUGGCUGAUUCCGCCUCUCCGCCAUCGCCUAGCAAGUCGGGGAAAAGACGGAGAUUAGAGGAGGAAGAUACUUUGAGAAGGAGAGCUCUUGCUGAGGGUAUUGAUAUGACGACCGGUAACGAAGAUUGCCGGUGGAAUACGUUCUUGUUCUUUGGUGCUAGACGAAAUGCUCUCUUCGUUAGGUCUUGGCUUCCGAUAACCGGUCAAAUGAAGGGCAUUUUGAUCAUUAUUCAUGGGCUCAAUGAGCACAGUGGAAGAUAUGGUCAAUUUGCAAAGCAACUAACAUCAUGCAACUUUGGCGUCUAUGCAAUGGACUGGACAGGUCAUGGUGGGAGUGAUGGGUUGCAUGGAUAUGUUCCUUCACUAGAUCAUGUCGUUGCAGAUACUGGAGCUCUAUUGGAAAAGAUCAAGUCAGAGUACCCUGGAGUACCAUGCUUCCUUUUUGGUCACUCAACUGGAGGUGCUGUGGUUUUAAAGGCAGCCUCAUAUCCUUACAUCAAGGAAAUGCUGGAGGGGAUUAUUCUGACCUCACCUGCUUUGCGUGUCAAGCCUGCACAUCCUAUUGUUGGGGCUGUGGCUCCUAUUUUUUCUCUGGUUGUCCCCAGGCUCCAAUUUAAAGGAGCAAACAAAAGGGGCAUUCCAGUUUCUAGGGAUCCUGCAGCACUUCUGGCCAAGUAUUCCGAUCCAUUGGUCUAUACAGGACCCAUAAGAGUCCGCACAGGGCAUGAAAUAUUGCGUAUCUCCUCUUAUUUGAUGCGAAACUUCAAGUCUGUGAUCGUCCCAUUCUUUGUUCUCCAUGGAACUGCUGACAAGGUGACUGAUCCUCUAGCAUCUCAAGAUUUGUUCAAUGAGGCAGCCUCCAAGUUCAAAGACAUAAAGCUUUAUGAUGGUUUCUUGCAUGACCUUCUCUUUGAGCCUGAACGCGAAGAAGUUGGUCAGGAUAUAAUCAGUUGGAUGGAGAAGAGAUUAGGUGCUGAAUCUGAACAAAUAUACAGUUAGCUGUAGAUUCUUAGUGUCAAGGGCUUGGCUUGGUCAUAAGUAUAGCAAUUUCAAACAUCGUAUUACGUCGCGAGUUUAUUCCUCCCACAUUUGUGUAUUGCAUGCCUCAUGAAAUGGAACUUGUAUUUAUGCAAAGAAAAAGAAGCUCUCUCAUGUUGUGGCUUCUGUUUUCUGCAAAAGGAAAAACGUUUUCUUCUUUA